CCCAAUUCAAGAUGGCGCUGUCCUGUCUGAAAUUUUCGUUGGGGCGGGCUUUGGCGGUUCGGCCGUUAGUGCAGGUGUAUAGGCCAAGUCCAAGAUACAACCUAGUAUUCCUACAAUACAGCACAUCAACUGAUAAAGACACAGCCUCGAAGAAAGACACUAAGUUCCAGACCUCAGAAAACCUUGCCGGGUACUUUGACAAAGGUGAUGCCCAACAGCAAGCUAGCAGCAGUGUACAGCAAAAGGACAGCGCCACACAGCAAAAAGACAGCACCAAACAGCAAAAGGACAGCACUGCAUCUGUAGCAACAACAGCAGACAAAACUACAGACUCUACAGCAAAAAUCCCUGAGUCAAAAGUUACACCUGAUGCAGAUCCUAAGGGGAAGCCAUCAACCUAUGAGACAUCUGCCCAAGUACCCCCCUCCGCUGUCCCCCCACCCCCUCCCGCGAAACCCCCCGCCCCACAGAUCCAGCUGUCCCGAGCUGACCUGACAAAGGAGGAGCUGUCACGCUUGGUGUUACGUCAGGAUGAGUAUGUGGAGCGUUUCAUCCCCAUCACGCGCCGCUCGCUCAUUCAGCACCUGGUCCAGCACCCAGGCCUGCUGACCAGCAGGGAGAAGGUCAAGUUUGACAAGUUCUUCCAGGCUCUGGACAGUGCCGUGGUCACCACCUAUCAUGGAACACUCACUGAGCUUAAGGCCCUCUUUGACCCUCUGAACCCCGACAAAGACACGAUCAGCACGCGGCAGUGGAACCGUCGGGAGCGCGCCGAGAACGAGUUCUGGUUGUUACAGAAGCUGGCCAUCGUCAUGGAGAAGGCAAACUUCCACGAGUUGCCCAAACCUGUGGUGGAGGUGGCUCUACAGGAGCACCAGGCUGGCGAUGGGGUCAUGGUGCGAGUUGAUGCCACCAGGUACGACAUCCUUCGCUUCUGGGCGCUUGGUAAGGAGGUGCGGCCACCCGUCCCGGUCCCUCUGGCCAAGCGGCUGCUUGCAGCCCUCGGUCGUCUGGUCACGCGGAGCAAAAACGUGGAACCACAGGCCCAGGAAACCUUCAAGAGGUUAGUGGUUGCCGUCCGACACAACAAGGAUGGUAAACUCACCCUGAAGGCCUUUAAGGACAUUCCCAUCAACGCCUUAGAGCAGGUUUUACCCGAAGCAAAGGUUCGUAUGAGCCAAUUCGACCAGGCGUUCCUGUACUUCAGCGUGGGCAUCACAAGUCUCGGCAUGCUCAUCAAGCUAGUUACCGUCAUGGCGUCGUAUCAGGUCAACUGGUCGCUGAUCGUGGGCGGCGUGUCCGGCCUGAUCGCCGCGCGCACCUGGUCCUCGUACAAGAACCGGCACAUGCGCUACCUCGCCGAGCUGUCGAAGACCCUGUACUACCGGAACAUCGCCAACAACAGGGGCCUGCUGACACUGCUGGUGGACCGGGCCGAAGACGAGUCUGUGAAGGAAACCCUGCUGGUGUACACGUUUCUCCUCAGCUACCAGUCUGCUGGGGCAGGCACAGACGCACCAGGUGGCGCUGCGAUAGGCGCCCUGGAGAAGGACAUAGAGAAGUGGGUGUUGGAGAAGACCGGCAGUCAGAUCAGGUUCCACGCCGACGAGGCCGUCCAGUUCCUCUCGUCCUUCGGGAUCCUGAAGCAGGAGAACAACCUUUUAAGCGUCGUCCCGCUGGACACGGCCACCGCCUGUCUCCCCUGGCAACCCGUCGGGAUGGACAGCCGGUCCGAGGAGUUUGAUGUGGAAGAGGGGUAUGACAGACGACAGGAGACUGAGAAGAAGGAGCAGCCCAGGAAAAAAUGGUUUGGGCUUUUCUAG